CUGCGUUUCCGGUUCCGGUACCGGUGGGCGUCCGCACUUGGGGGGAGCCUGAGCGGCCAUGGCGUACUCGACGGUGCAGAGGGUGGUCGUGGCCUCGGGGCUGGUCCUGGCUGUGUCGCUGCUGCUGCCCAAGGCCUUCCUGUCCCGCGGAAAGCGGCAGGAGCCGCCGCCGGCGCCCGAAGGAAAGUUGGGUCGAUUUCCACCAAUGAUGCAUCAUCACCAGGCGCCCUCAGACGGCCAGACCCCUGGGGCUCAUUUCCAGAGGUCUCACCUUGCAGAGGCGUUUGCGAAGGCCAAAGGAUCAGGUGGAAGCCCUGGAGGAGGAGGUAGUGGAAGAAGCCUGAUGGGGCAGAUUAUUCCCAUCUAUGGUUUUGGGAUUUUUUUGUAUAUACUGUACAUUCUAUUUAAGCUCUCUAAGGGGAAGACUGCUGCAGAGGAUCGGAAAUGCUCCACUGCCACUCCCGGGAACACUCACAGGAAAAUUACCAAUUUUGAGCUUGUUCAACUGCAAGAAAAACUGAAAGAAACAGAGGAAGCCAUGGAAAAAUUAAUCAACAGAGUGGGACCUAAUGGUGAAAGAGCACAGACUGUGACUUCUGACCAAGAAAAGCGGUUGCUGCAUCAGCUCCGAGAAAUCACCAGGGUCAUGAAAGAAGGAAAAUUCAUUGACAGACCCACUCCAGAGAAAGAAGCUGAGGAGGCCCCUUAUAUGGAGGACUGGGAAGGUUACCCUGAAGAGACUUAUCCAAUUUAUGACCUUUCAGAUUGCAUCAAGCGUAGGCAAGAAACAAUUCUGGUGGAUUACCCUGACCCAGAAGAGCCCUCUGCUGAAGAAAUAGCUGAAGGGAUGGGAAUGCUAGAAGAAGCAGCAGACCAUUUGGGGUGGGAAGUGCCCACUGACCCUGGAGCCCAGGAAGAUAAUUCUGUUACCUCAUGUGACCCAGAGCCAGAAACAUGUUCCUGCUGUUUUCCUGAAGAGGAGGAUCCUGCUGUCUUGGCAGAGAAUGCUGGAUUCAUUGCAGACAGUUACAGUGAGCAAGAGGAAGCCACCAAAGAAAUAUGGCCCCAAGACUCCAGAGAUGAGGGGGUGGGCAUCAGCACUGAUAAAGCAUAUACAGGUGGCACGCUGAGGAAGCGGAACCCCGAGGGUUUACAGUGAAAACAGCCAGUUUGGUGAAGUGUCCAUUACGCUAGUCCUGAGGUGACCUUUCCCUCCUCUCUCAGAUUUCAUCCUUGGCCUUGUGCCCUGUACUUCAUUCUCUGUGUUUAAAUAUCAUAGCCAGUCAGGCCACUACCCUGGAUAUCAUGUAUCCUUCCUGGUGCUCACAUGCCUGUCACCUUGUAAAACAUCAUAGGGAUUAGUAUGAACACCAGACAGCUUCACUCUUUCUCUUUCUGCCUUCCCUCCAUCAGCAAGUUGAUCCACUGGGUAAUUAUGUUUGAUCUAUCGUGAUUACAGAUGAGACCACUCAGGGAAGAGGUCCGACUCUUCGUGCUAGGAGGAACAGAUGGUUUACCUGUGAGCAUACAUCAGCUUACACAUGAUGAGGACUUAAGGUUGCAACAGUGAAGAUUUCAGAGUCCAAGAUGCCUUAUUCUGUGGGCCUUGAGCAGGUUAGUGGUCCCCGGGGUUUAAGAAGAGAACAUUUUGUUUGUGGGAUGAUGGGGCCAGAGCAGGGUAAGAACUCUGCUGUCUGAGCUGAAGCCCCUUCCUCACGGCGAGGGCCUCUUUAGGAGCACUGAUGCGGCCUCAACAUCCGCUUUUCUCCAGAGUAGCAGAGACUCGGACUGACCUGAGAAUGAGCCCAGGGGCCUGUUGGGGACUGUGUUGCUCUGAUACUGCCUGAAUCUCUAGCUUCCUCUAUCCCUGUUCUGCCUAACAGAACUGCCAAAUGUAGAAGCACCUUUGUACCUCUGGUCUUCAGUGGGCAGAGGAAGCUUUAGAUAGAAACUUUAGUCUUUGUCCUGCAGGGCCGAGAUUUGAGCCUGCAGGAAAGCCUGCCCAAGGGUGAUGGUCCUGGUAUGAGAUGCUCAGAAGGCCAGAGAGCCAGUGACAAGGACAGAACCCUCGCACUAUGGAGAAGUCCUUUCCUAGAAGCUGUUUCUGAAUGUUGUGUCCUCUGGGAAAUUUGUUCUCACAGCCACGAAUGGAAGCAGAAAUGAGAAGGACUGAGGUGGUAGACAAAGUGCCAGCCCAACGGAGAAGUUGCAGAGUGUGUCUCUUGUGGAGAACCAACAUAGCAGUGCCCAGGGAAGAGACCAUUUGUUCUAUAUUCGGAUAUCUGGGUCCUUUGAGAGAGCUGGGGAAGCAGGAGGUAGAUUUGGACUGGGAGGAUUUUGACCGAACUAAAGGCCUAAUCUCUAAGCUGCCGUCUGUCAUGUGUCUUGAGACAGGAUGGCACCCGUGAAUUCCGUCUAGUAAGGAUGAGUGAAUCCACAGUUUACAUGUACAACCUGAGAGUUUAAAGAGGACACAUUCCUGAGGACAUUCCCAGUCAUGAAAUGCAGAAGAUUUGAAAAUUAAGAAAUUAUGUAAAGGUAGAUAUAGCUUUUAGAGUCCCAUUGUGCUGGCAUGAGUAAGAUGUCAGGAAAAGAGUUUAAAUCACACGUAAGCAUACAGACUCCCGGCAGAAGGUAUGGGAUCAUAGUAAGAUAAUGUGUCAGCUACUACUAGGCCUUUCUGGCUGGUUACUGAACUACAGGGAAAAGUCAUUGAAGGUGGAGUCUAUAGAAAGUAUAUUGCAUCUCUCUCUGUGUGGAACAUUUGAUUCACUUGUAAAGAAUGCAGCUUAAAAUGUACUGAAAACAGUCUAGAUGUAAUGUAAUGCUAAAGGUAAAAAAUAACGUAGGUGCUGUUUA